UAAGCUUUUAAGGGAUUUACAACAGUUGUGAUUUACACAAUUAACCAAACACUUGUUAAAAUUCUUUUUAAAUUUUUUUAUUAAUUAAAGAAAAAAAUCAAUAUGUUUAAAUUUACAUCAAUUUUCGCCACAAUGUGCUUGAUAUCGGUCGCCAGUGCUGGUUUGGUAACUACUCAUCAUGUUGUACACGAACCCGCUUUAGCUAAAGUUGGACAUAUAGUUCAUUCUUCGCCCUCAGCUGUUUCACAUCAGAGUAUUACUCAGGUUCAUAGUAAAACAUCUGUAGUUGAGCCACUUUUGACUCCUGUUGUCAAGACUACCAUUCAUAGUACUCCUGUAGUUGUUGUUCACUCUGCUCCUUUGGUACAAUCUGCUACUUUAGUGCACUCCGCUCCCUUGGUUCACUCUGCUCCCGUGGUUCACUCAGCUCCUUUAGUGCACUCCGCUCCUUUGGUUUACUCUGCUCCUUUGGUACACUCUGCUCCUUUGGUGCACUCAGCUCCCUUGGUACAAUCUCAUUCCUUGUACCACUCCUACGGCGCUGUUCCAGUUGUCUUGGUCUUUGCUGCUCACUUUGCUAUUGCUGCUGCCCGUCCUGGUUAUUUGGCUUCUUCGCCAGUUGUUUUGUCUGGACACUCUCACUAUGCACAACAUGCUGUUAGUGCCCAUUACUCAGCACCUGUGGUUAAAACUGUUGUAGCCCCUGUUGUCCAUGCUGCUCCUGUAGUCCACACCCAAGUUGUUAAGAGCGUUGUCCACUCUGCUCCUUUGGUACAUUCUGCUCCUUUAGUGCACUCCGCUCCCUUGGUUCAUUCUGCUCCUUUACUGCACUCUGCUCCUUUAGUGCACUCUGCUCCUUUGGUACACUCUGCUCCCUUGGUACACUCUACUCCCUUGGUACACUCUGCUCAUUUAGUUCACUCUGCUCCCUUGGUACAAUCUCAUUCCUUGUAUCACUCCUACGGUGGUGUUCCAGUAAAGAGCUACGCUCCUGCUUAUAUUGCUGUCUUUGCUGCUCUUUUCGCCAUUGCUGCUGCCCGUCCUGGUUACUCACCUGUUGUCUUGUCCGGACACUCUCACUUAGUACAACCUGCUGUAAGUGCCCACUAUGCGGCACCAUUGGUUAAAACUCUUGUUGCUCCUGUAGUUCACAGUGCUCCAGUAGUUCAUGCCCCAGUUGUCAAGAGCGUAGUCCACUCUACACACUUGGUACAUUCAGCUCCUGUUGUUCACUCUGGUCCUUUGGUACACUCUGCUCCUUUGGUACACUCUGCUCCUUUGGUUCACUCUGCUCCUUUGGUGCACUCUGCCCCUUUGGUUCACUCUGCUCCUUUGGUACACUCUGCCCCCUUGGUUCACUCUGCUCCUUUGGUACACUCUGCUCCUUUGGUACACUCUACUCCCUUGGUCCACUCUCAUUCCUUGUACCAAUCCUACGGCGCUGUUCCAGUCAAGACCUAUGCUCCUGCUUAUGCUCCCUUCAAAAACUGA